AUGGCUACACCCACAGUCGAGGCCCGCCGCCUCCAGCGCGAGCGCCAUCACGAGGCCGACGUCGUCGUCGUCGGCGCCGGCGUCUUUGGCUGUGCCGCCGCCCACGCCCUCGCCGAGCAGGGCCGCUCCGUACUCCUCCUCGAGCGCUGGAUGACCGAGCCGGACCGCAUCGUCGGUGAGCUUCUGCAGCCCGGCGGCAUCCAGGCGCUCAAGCGCCUCGGCCUCGGCCACUGCGUUGAGGGCAUCGACAGCAUCACCUGCCGCGGCUACAACGUCAUCUACCGCGGCCACGACGUCCUCAUCCCCUACCCAACCAUGGACGACGACGGCGGUGUGCCGUACCAGUGGUCCGGCGCCGGCAAGGAGGGCAAGCGUGAGGUCGGCAAAGGCUUCCACCAUGGCCGCUUCGUGAGUCGCCUACGAGAGGCCUGCCUUGCCCACCCCAACAUCACCGUCCGCGAGACGGAGGUCGUCAAGGUGAUCCGCGGCGAGCACUCCGACCACGUCCUGGGCGUGGAGACGCGCACAAAGGACCCGGCGACGGGUGUCAAGACGCCCGACUGCUUCUUCGGCCAGCUAACUGUCAUCGCGGACGGUUACGACAGCAAGUUCCGCGGUGAGGUCACGGCCGACAAGCCCGUCGCGCGCUCCAAGUUCUACGCCCUCGAGCUCCAAGACGCCGACCUCCCCGCACCGGGCUUCGGCCACGUCGUCAUCGGCGAGGCCUACCCGAUCCUGCUGUACCAGAUCGGCACGCACGAGACGCGCGCCCUCUUCGACGUGCCGCACAACAUCCCGGAGGCCUCGGUCGCCGCCGGCGGCGUCCGCAACUACCUCACCCGGCACGCCAUCCCCGCGCUGCCCGCUUCCGUGCGCCCCGCCGCGCUCGCCGCCCUCGAGGGCGGCCGCCUGCGCAGCAUGCCCAACAGCUGGCUACCGCCGACUCCGCAGGUGCCGCGCGGCGUCGUCGUCCUCGGCGACGCCUUCAACAUGCGGCACCCGCUGACCGGCGCCGGCAUGACCGUCGCGCUGCACGACGCGCUGCUCCUCGCCGAGCUGCUGCACCCAGACCGCACACCGAGCCUCAGCGACGACGCGGCCGUCCAGGCCGCUCUCCGCGCCCUCUACUGGCGCCGCAAGAGCUACACCGCCAUCCUCAACGUCCUCGCCCAGGCGCUCUACGCCCUCUUCGCCGCCGACGACCCCCAGCUGCACGCCCUCCGCGUCGGCUGCUUCGAGUACUUCCGCCGCGGCAUCACCGACGGGCCCUGCGGCAUGCUCGGCGGCGUCAUCCACCGCCCCGUCGUCCUCGCCUACCACUUCUUCUCCGUCGCGUUCCUCGGCAUCUGGAUGCACUUUGUCGAGACGGUCACCAGCGGGCCCGGACCGCUCGGCGUGCUCAAGGCCCCGAUCGCCGUCGUCGACGCCGUCCUGAUCCUCGCCAAGGCGUGCGUCGUGUUCCUGCCGCUGAUUUGGAGGGAGGGAUUCCGGUGA